AUGUGCAAAAUUGAAAAUAUAGUUGAAUUAUUAGCAGAACUUAAUGUCAUUCAUGAACUUGAAUCCAAGACUUUUCUUUCUUUAAAAGAAUUAAUUACACCCAAGAAGAAAAAAACUAAGUCCAAUCUGCCAAGAGUACAAAAUAGUUUUAUGAUUUUUCGUAAAGAUUUUGCUGCUUAUUGGUUUUCUUUAACGAAAAAAAAUGACUUAAAAGAAGUUUCACAGUUCGCUAGUGAUUUAUGGAAUGGAAAUCUUUAUAAUUUCAAGUUAUGGAAUAAUAUUAACAUUGUUGAAAGAAAAAAUAUUUAUUAUAAAAUAUCUUCAAUUGCAGAAAUGGUCUACAAAAAAUUGUACCCAGAUUACAAAUAUUGUCCUAAAAGAAAAAAAAUAUCACAUAACGAAUAUAUACAUUAUGGUCAUGUUCCUCAACAACUUGAAAUUAAUGGUGCAAAUUCAUAUUAUAAACCUUACAACUUUAUUCAACAACUUAAUAUAAAUUUAAAAAAUAUUAUGAAUUAA